AUCCUCCUCAUUCUUACUGGCGUCGAUCCGCGCCCCCUCGGCCUCGCCUCCAGUCAGGCCGCUGUCGCCGGCCGCCGCCGUCGUCAUGGGGUCGUCGCUGUACGCCUCGCCGUCCUCCUCCAUCCUCAUGAUGGUCAUGUCUUCGCUGAACUCGCAAUCGUCCGACAUGCUUGCUCCUUUUUUAGCGUUAUUUGGCAGCAGAUGGCGUCGCGUGAGUUAGCGUAAGCUAAGCUAACUAGCUAAAAAAUCAAGUCAACCGCGUUAACUACAAGACGAGAAGCUAGCGGGUUAGCCGCCUAAGAUGUUUAAGCCGUGGCUUUUGAUUCGAUUGCUUGUAUAAAAAAGAGGCUAAUUUCUAUCCGUUUCUUUAAUUUUUAAUUCGUUUAUUUUUACUCCGAAUUUCCUGCCUUCCUUGCAGCAGUUUUCCGCUCUUCCUGUAUCCCAAGUCUUCUUCGUUGGAGAACAUCAAGUGUGCCACAGCACCACCAUCAGCAUCGGAGGACGUCCUGCCAACUCACAAGUGUUGCCAGCCUGACGACUUUGUCGCUGAAUCUGGCGACUUUCCAAACCCUCUUGGUGACAUAUUCUCAAAAGCGACUAGCGAUAAAUCUAGCGAGUUUUUCUGGUGUCGUUAGAGAGUUUUCUGGUAUUUGGGAACAUAAAAUUGUAAGCACGUAUUGUUGAGCAGUUUGUGUUCUCACUGAGCAGCAGGGGGUGCUGCUGAGAGGCCGGUUCCAAAUCAUCACAAGCCGUCAGUGCACAGUCAGCUUCUCGACAAUCACGUUUAUUUGUAGUUCUGAACGUAAUUAAGGUGCUUUUUCUGUCCCUCUAUGUUAUACUUUUUUCCUACAGCACCUGUUAGUCAUAUGCAAAUUAGCCGAUGGCGUCAUCUAGCGACUUCUAAAAAACAGCCAAUAGCUACUUUUCUUACUGAGGAGUUGGCUAGGGUGCUGCCACAACAUGUGUGGAUGCUCGUCGACGUUAGCGGCAUAAGCUAUGGUUUUAAAAGUGAGUUAGUACACAUCCGCUCUAAAGAGAAACAUAAAUAAUUGAAAUUAUUAUUUGGCUAUUCCUAGUUGAUUUAUGAGCUUUCGGUGGAGCGGCUAAUCACAGCGAGCUUUCCGUGGAAGCUAGUUAAGCUAACGCUAGCAGCAUCUGUUGAGGAAUAAGAAUGGCCACUGUGGUGAUUCCUGCAUGCACCAGCGCUCUUUUGCUGGACAUCGAAGGUACAACGACGCCAAUAACCUUUGUAAAGGACAUUCUAUUUCCAUACAUAAGGGAGCAUCUUGAGGACUACCUGUCCACUCACUGGGAGGAAGACGAGUGCAAGCAAGAUGUUCAUCUUCUGAAAAAACAGAUUGAAGAGGACAUGAGGCAGAACCGGGCGUGUCCCAUCCACGCCGUGGACCAGACGGUUCACACGGACGAGGAGAAGGCCAUCAGGGAAGUGGUGGACAACGUGCUGUGGCAGAUGGCGGCUGACAGGAAGUCGACUGCGCUCAAGCAGCUCCAGGGUCACAUGUGGAGGUCGGCGUACGCGUCUGGGAGACUCAAAGGCGAGAUCUACCAGGACGUCACACCGUCCAUCAAAAGGUGGCGAGAUCAGGGCCUCAAGGUCUUCAUCUACUCCUCUGGCAGUGUGGAGGCCCAAAAGCUGCUCUUUGCACACUCUGUCGAGGGCGACGUUUUGGAUUUAUUCGACGGCCACUUCGACACGGCCAUCGGCGCCAAAGUGGACGCCAAAAGCUACGAGAGAAUCGCAGAGAGGAUCGGCUGCCCGCCGGAGGAAAUCACAUUUCUGACAGAUGUCACUCGAGAGGCCAAAGCGGCGGAAGAUGCUGGCGUCAACGUGGUGGUGGUGGUGCGGCCGGGAAACAUGGAGCUGACGGACGAAGAGAGGGCUCACUACGACCUCAUCGCGUCCUUUGGCCAGCUGGAAGUGACGGGACGAACUUAGCGGCAAAUGAAUGAGCAGAGCGCCCCCACCCCGUGUCCCGACCGUUUACGCCUCACCUUGGGUGUGUCCCAUGUGCAUGAGAUGCUGUGACCGUGGUGUGGGGACACCUGCUGGCGGGGGCUACCAUUGCCUCAAACUAAUAUUAUUAUUCGACAUUGGAAAGGAACCUGGUUACGUCCAAACCUCACUAGUUUGUUGUUGUGUGUUCAUGCUAGUGACAUCUUCUUUCAAAUGUGCCAUCCGGUCCAAGCGCUGUAGCAACUCUCAUUUGAUUGGCAGCAACACUGCCACCACAGGACUGGAGAGGAACUGCAACCAAAAUGAAACAAGCUAGCCUACCCUGCUCAUAACGGCUCUCAUAUUCAUAGUCGCGCCGUACCGAGUGUAUAGUCCAAAUAAACGUCUCGUCUCACAAUGUUUCCUGUCGUUGGAUGAGUCGGUCGUGCUGAUGCCUCAACGCCGCAGGGGAGCCAGGGGUUUUUGUGCAGAGCAGAUAAAAACGCGUGUGACGGAAUUCCACAGCAAACGUGCCGAUGAAGACGAGGAAGAGCAUGACCAGCGUCCACUGGCUUCAUGCGGCGUGGAUGUGCUGCUGAAACAUGAGACAAGUCUGGAGAUGCCAAGUUAAGAUUCAAACUUGUUUCCUUACUGUGCAUGUAAAAAAAGGUACAAGUGUAAAAAGAAGUGAAGCAGCUGAAGGAUACACAGGAUCAUGCAGACGGUGAUGCAUGCAGACAGCAGGAAGCGCAUGGCGCCAACCUUCUCACCCUCGCCAUUGAGGUUGGCCCUGAGCGUGAUGUAGGACUGCAGCCAGCAGUACACGCCGCCCAGGCCGAACGUCAUGGCGGUGCCAAGGAUGUGGACGCCCUCUGCGGUGAACAUCUGCAACGGCAACCAAACCCUUUAAUAAAACAGGUGUCAACCUCAAGGUACGGGGGCCAGAUUCGGUCCGUCGUAUUGUUUUAAAGACAUCAAAAAGAUGUUACGAUUAUUUCUUUUAUUAAUCAUAUAUACAUAAAUAAUUCAAAUGAUUAAAAAAAAUCCCAAAUAUAUUCUUUCUUGUAUAUUUUUUAAUUAAAUGUAUUUGGCCCAAGAAAGCCUGAAAAUUACUCCCAUCAAAAAAACACUUUAAAAAAUAUAUAUUUUUAAAUGAUUGUAUCUUCAUUAAUAUGAUUAUUUCUUUUAUGUAUUAUUACAAUAAAAAAUCAUUUAAAUUUUAAACCAUCCAAAAGAGUUGGAAACCUUUCUUGUAUUUUUUGAUUAAAUUUAUUUGUGUCCUUUUUGACAGAACAUUUCUACCGCAUGCAAUUUGGAGUUGUUUU